GCAGAUCAUUCCAGUAUAAACAAUUACAUCUCUCUCUCUCUCUCUCUCUCCAUGGAAACUGGUAGUGAAGAACGAGCGAGGAUCCUGGUGACCAACGACGAUGGAAUUGAUGCGCCAGGGUUACGAGCUUUGGUUGAAGCUCUUGUGUUGUCGGGUGACUAUGUUGUUCAAGUCUGUGCUCCUGACUCGGAAAUGUCAGCUGUGAGUCAUUGGAGCACUAUUCGUCAUCCUUUGUCUGUCAAUCAAGUAGAAAUUGAAGGAGCCACAGCUUUUGCUGUUGUUUCAGGAACUCCAGCUGACUGUGCUUCUUUAGGAAUCUCUCAAACACUAUUUCCUUCAAUCCCCGACCUGGUAAUCAGUGGCAUAAACAAGGGAAACAACUGCGGAUACCACAUUGUAUAUUCUGGUACUGUAGCUGGUGCUAGGGAGGCUUUUCUAAAUGGUGUACCUUCUAUUUCUGUAUCUUAUGAUUGGAUGAGUGGUAAGAGCCAUGUGGAUGACUUUAAGCUGUCUGCUAAGGCUUGCUUACCAAUAAUUAAUGCAAUAUUGGUAGCCAUCAACAACCAAACAUAUCCCUCUCGAUGUUUUUUGAAUAUCGAUAUUCCAACCAAUGUGACUGAUCACAAGGGAUGCAAGCUGACUAAGCAAAGCAAAAGUACAUUCAAGUUGGGUUGGAAGCAAGUAAAAAAAACAUCCGAAGAAAAUAAUAAUACCACACCAACUAUAUCACCAAACAAUCUAUCGUUCCAAAGAGAGCUCAGGGGUUCUUAUUUGGAUGUUGAUGCUGAUACUGACACGAAGUCAUUAAAAGAAGGAUAUAUUACAAUCACUCCUCUUGGUGCCCUGACUCCUGCUGAUGCAGAUUGCCAUUCCUACUUCAAAGAUUGGCUCCCAAAUUGCAACUCAUGAGUCUCUUCAUCAGCCCCGGCCCCACCGAAAACCAAAAUAAUUAAUACAUUGUUUUUUUACCACAAUUUAUAUCACAAUUAAUCCUCCACUUUUUAUUUUAUUAUUAUUAUAAUAAUUUCUGCCUUCCAAUGAAAAAGUCCCGAUAACUAGGCUUUCUAUUAUAGCCAGAAUAAUAAUACAUGCUAUUAUUUGUGAUA